AUGCUCGGGUUUUUACCUUACGGUAUACUGGCCAUUGCUUCUCUUGUUGCAGCACGCGACCCCACAGUCUACCUCAUUCGACAUGGAGAGAAGCCCAGUGGUGGAGGAAAUGGACUAAAUGCACAAGGGCUCGAACGUGCACAAUGCCUUCGCGAAGUUUUCGGCAAGAAUUCUAAGUACAACAUCACCCACAUUAUGGCACAAACGCCCAAGAGCAAUGGCAAACGCGCUCGUCCCUAUGAUACCGUUGAGCCGCUGGCUAAAGAUCUCGGCCUCACUGUUGAUACGUCUUGCGAUCGAGAUGACCCAGAUUGUGUCAAGGAUGUGGUUGCUGGAUACGAUGGAAAGGGAUUGGCCAAUAUACUGAUUUGCUGGGAGCACGAUGCAUUGACCGAUAUUGCGGAAGCACUGGGAGUCAAGCAUGCACCUUCUUAUCCGGACGAUAGUUUCGACAUCAUCUGGACCCUCCCAGGCCCUUACAAGGAAAUAACUGCGAAAACCAGCGAGCAUUGCCCUGGUUUGGAUAAUGAGUAA